GAUUUCUUAAACGCAUCCUGAGCCUUCAUUGAUGAAUGAAUUUUGGCCGUUGAUCUCAACUCUACCUGUUACCUUUCACGGAUCCCCUUCCUUCACCUGAGUGCGGCGUUCUUCUCCGUUGUUCGCCAUUUGAGUCCUCCACCGUCCGACGGAACGUUUAAACGUCCGAAGAAGCGCGAAGUUGCGGCACAACGUGUUCUUGCAUUUGGGAUUGAUAAGACCGGGUUCAGCAGCUUCUACACUUUGACGGGCAGAAUCUUCAAUAUUGUGAAGUGGAAAGUAUGAGGGCUGAUUUGUCGAGCUUUGAUACAGGGAUUGCAUGAUACAGGGAUUAACAUUGUCGAUGUUGAGGAAGGAAGUAGGAGCUAUGUUUCGUGUUCGAGGAAGCUGGGCCCCAUUGUCAGGGCCGUUCAAGCUUCUUCGAACUGCAUCAUUUUCUGAAAACGCUAAAAACUCUUCCGGCAAUUCCACGAAGAACGACAAGAUCAUCCGCGAUGAAAGGUAUCGGCAGCUGGAGAAUCUUGACUUCAUGACUGCGGCAAAGAUCCUUUUUACCGACCCUCCAAAGAAAAAGAAAUUUGGGCUUGAUUUCCAUCUUGUGCAACUUUUCUUUGCCUGCUUGCCUUCUUUAGCUGUAUAUUUGGUGGCUCAAUAUGCUCGUUAUGAUAUGAAAAUAAUGGAGGCGGAAGUGGAGCAGAAAAGGAAGCUAAGGGAUGAACAGGAAGCAAAAGAAAGAGAAGAGUUAGAGAAGUUAGAACCCCCUGAUCCACGGUUUCUGGAGGUGAAAGUGAGACUUGACAAACUUGAGGAGGCAGUGAAGGAGAUUGUGGCUGAAACAAAGAAACAACCAAGCAGUGGCCUCCCUGUAGAUCAUUUGAAAGAAGAUGAGAUAAAACAUAAGAAGUCUUCUUCUUCUACAACAAGCGACAAUAAUAUUGCUUUACCACCAGAUAAAGCUGUUGAGAAAGACAAUGCUGGUAAGCCAAACCCAGAAUUUGGCCAAGAGAGUCCAAAGAAUGAAAUGGCAGCUCCAAAAUCUUCUCUUGAUGACCAGAAAAGCCAAGGUAAAGGUGGAGGUAAUAGUGGCAUGUGAAGAAAAACACUCAAGUCGUCGUACAUAAUUGAUACAAUAUACAGUUUUGUUGUUUUUUUUUUCUCCUGAAAAUCUGAUGGUUAUUUAUUUGACUAUGUUCUGUGAACAAGAACAUGCAAAGGUGCUGGAGGAUGAGAUCGAAUGAGAAUACUCUUAUGUUCAUGAGCUCGUCCUUUUUUCGUUUUGAUGUUGCUAGUUUGUUCUACAGGGACACAGAGUAGCUUAGACUCUUAUUGUUAGCUCUUUUUUUUUGGGUUUUUUAUCCAAAAAAAAAAAAAGAAAAUGCUGUUAAGAGAAUGCAUCUUGUAUGAAUAGUAAUAGAGAUUUUAAAUAACUGGUGUAUAAUGUUAGGAACGUUACUUUGAUGGAAGGGGUAAGAGUGAUAAUAUAUUUGUACAA